AUGUUUGCAAAAACGUGCAAACAGGAGUUUGCAACACGUCGUAUCUCUACUGUUAAUUUAGGUUGGUCAAAAAUGAGUAGCAGCGAUGGCUGGUUUCCGAGUGCUGGAAUACCCGCCCUUGACCCCAUACAAAAGAAGACUUUGCCAGCAGGGGCUCCGAGGCAGCCACCUUCAGAGAAGCUUUCUCAGUCUGAGGCGGUAAGGCCAAAACUUCCACCUUCCGAGAGGUGCAGUGCACCAAAGGUGAUGCAAAAUCCAGCGGCCCGUGCGCCCCCAUUAUCAGCCUUUCCUCCAAAGAAAACCCUGGAGGAACUUAUUGCAAGAUAUAAACAGGGAGUAAUAAACCCAGUAUCUGCCUUGCAUCAGUUUGCACAAAUGCACCAUGUACAACUUGAAUUGAAAGAAACUAGUGUGGCAGGCAAUAUCAUAAGGCCUUAUUUUGCCUUUUGUGCUGUGGUAGAUGGUGUUAGCUACAAGACUGGACUGGGGAAAAACAAGAAGGAAUCUAAAUUAGAUGCAGCUAAACUGGCUCUUGAUGAGCUACUUAACUUGGAGCAUACAGAGGCAAAAGCUUCUGAAAAGUCAGAAGGAAGACAGCUUAUAUAUCAAAAACUUUCAGAAGCAAUUAAAGAAGUAUUUAACAGCCUGACUACCAACCAUCCUGAGUACCAAAGUUGUGGCAGUUCACUGGCUGCCUUCAUCAUUGAAAAAGGUGGACAGUAUGAAGUCGUAGCUCUAGGAACAGGAGAAUGUAAUUACAGUCAGUGCUUUCAACCUUGCGGAAGAGUGUUGCAUGACAGCCAUGCCAUUGUUAUUGCAAGACGUUCUCUACUUAGAUAUUUUUAUAGACAUCUUUUGCUGUUCUAUAAUGAAAAUCCAUUGAGGACAGAGAAAUCCAUAUUUUGCACAGCACCUGGCUCAAAGUUGCUCGCCCUAAAGCAAAAUACAACUAUCUUUCUCUACAUGAAUCAACUUCCAAAGGGAACUGCUCAGUUAAAAUCACAGAUACAUCUUAAUCCACAAUCUAUAUCUGCAUAUGAAACUAAUGAAGAACUGAGCCUCCAUGUUGCGAUAGAAGGCAAGAUUUACCUAACUGCUUGCUGUCCACCUAAAACCAUUAGGGCAAGCAGUAUGUCAGCUAGUGACAAAUUAACAAAAUGGGAAGUGGUUGGUAUUCAGGGAGCGUUGCUGAGUCACUUCAUUGAACCAGUGUAUAUCAGCAGUAUUCUUGUAGGAAAUGGAAAUUGCAAGGAUACAAGAGGGCUAGAAAUAGCUGUAAAACAGCGUGUUGAUGAUGCACUUACAUCAGAGCUUCCCAUGCCUUAUCUGGUCAACAGAUCUCAUACUUACUUGGUGAACGCUGCACACCCAAUUGAAGUGGACAUUCAGCAGUGGUUUCUUAGUUUGAAUUGGUCGUUGUCAGAUGCAUCACUGGAGGUUGUGGAUGGAUUAAAUGGAAAAACCACCGAAAGUUCACCGUUCAAAAGUGGCACUUACAUGGCAAGUCGGCUUUGCAAGGCAGCAAUGUUUAGUCGUUUCAGAUUGCUUGCUAAGAAAGCAGAACGGAAUGAUUUGCUUCAAGUUGCAACGUACCAUGAAGCUAAGAUUCAAUCUGAAUUGUACCAAAAAGCUAAAAACAUGCUGCAAAACUACUUAGAGCAACAUAGUUAUGGAUCCUGGAUUGUGAAGUCUCCACAUAGCGAACAGUUCAGUGACUGA